AAAUUCGUCCUCUCUAUGCAAAAUUGCUUGCUUUUCCGAUUCGAUAUUUUACACCAACACAAUUGCGCGAUGCCGCUAAAGCCAGAUUAGAAAGGUAUGGAGUUGUCACCGUGGGAGAUUUGGGGGUACUUUUAGAUAAAGAUAAAAAGAUGGACAGAGUUGCACUGGAAUCUUAUGAUGUAUUAUUGAAAAAAAUAGGAAAUAACGAAUAUUUCUUUGGAGACCAGUGA